AUGCACAAGCUCUACAUUGGGAAUCUAAGCGACAGCGUGACCGCGGAGGACUUGGGCAAAACCUUCGAUGAGCACAAGAUCGAAUACUCCGGACAGUUCCUCAUGAAAACCGGCUACGCGUUCGUGGACUGUCCGGACGACCAGUGGGCCAUGAAGGCGAUCGAGACCUUCUCCGGUAAAGUGGAACUUCAGGGGAAGCGCAUCGAGGUCGAGCACUCCGUCCCUAAGAAGCAAAGGACUAGAAAACUGCAGAUCAGAAACAUUCCACCACAUCUACAGUGGGAGGUGCUGGAUGGUCUGUUGGCCCAGUGUGGAACUGUAGAGAACUGUGAACAAGUGAACACAGACAGUGAAACUGCGGUGGUUAAUGUCACAUACGCAUCCCGGGAGCACGCCAGGCAAGCCAUCCAGAAGCUGAAUGGAUACCAAUUUGAGAACAACACCCUGCGUGUCUCUUACAUCCCCGAUGAGAUGUCCGAGCUGGAAGGAGGACAGCGGGGGCCCGACAACGGCCGGCGCCCUGGCUAUGGGUCUCGUGGCGGACCCCGUGGUGGGUCCCCGAGCUCCGGGAUGCCCCAUAAACCUCCGCAUGCUGACAUCCCUCUGAGGCUGCUGGUGCCCACCCAGUAUGUCGGAGCCAUCAUUGGCAAGGAGGGCGCUACCAUUCGCAACAUCACCAAACAGACACAGAGCAAGAUUGACGUGCACCGUAAAGAGAACGCCGGUGCUGCUGAGAAACCAAUCAGCAUCCACUCCACCCCCGAGGGCUGCUCAUCCGCCUGCCGCAUGAUCCUGGACAUCAUGCACCAGGAGGCCAAAGACACCAAGACCGCUGACGAGGUUCCUCUGAAGAUUCUUGCUCACAACAAUUUUGUCGGACGCCUCAUUGGCAAGGAGGGACGUAACCUGAAGAAAGUCGAGCAGGACACUGACACCAAGAUCACCAUCUCCCCGAUGCAGGACCUGACCCUGUACAACAUGGAGAGAACCAUCACAGUUAUAGGCGAUCCUGACGCCUCAUGUAACGCUGAGGGGGAGAUCAUGAAGAAGGUCAGAGAGGCCUACGAGAAUGACGUCGCUGCUAUGAAUCAACAGACUCACCUGAUCCCUGGACUCAACCUGGGUGCUUUGGGCCUCUUCCCCUCUUCCUCCAACAUGCCCCCUCCUCCGCCUGGAAACUCUUCAUCUGGUUCCCCCUACAGCUGCUUUGGGUCUCCAGAGCAGGAGACGGUCCACAUAUACAUCCCAGCACAGGCAGUGGGGGCCAUCAUUGGAAAGAAGGGUCAGCACAUCAAACAGCUGAGCCGCUUCGCUGGGGCCUCCAUCAAGAUUGCUCCAGCUGAAUCUUCAGAAUCCAAAGAGAGGAUGGUUAUUAUCACCGGACCCCCAGAGGCUCAGUUUAAGGCCCAGGGCAGACUCUACGGCAAACUGAAGGAGGAGAACUUCUUUGGGCCGAAGGAGGAGGUCAAACUGGAGACUCACAUCAAGAUGGCCGCAGCUGCAGCCGGAAGGGUCAUCGGAAAAGGGGGGAAGACGGUGAAUGAGCUGCAGAACCUGACAGCAGCUGAGGUGGUCGUCCCCAGGGAACAGACGCCAGACGAGAAUGACCAGGUCCUCGUAAAGAUCAAUGGACAUUUCUACGCCAGCCAGUUGGCUCAGAGGAAGAUCCGGGACAUCCUGACCCAGGUCAAACAGCCACAGAAAGGCGGGAUGGGCUCCGGCCCUAAUCCACAGGGCUUCACAGAGAUGGGCAGUCCUACACAGGGACUGACUCCGGACCACCAGCCGCGCAGGAAGUGA